CGGCCCUUUCCCUUUAAGUCGCGGGACUUCCGGUCACGUGGCCAGCGGCCGCCGGAAGGGGAAGUUUCGCUUCAAGACGCUGUUUCGCUCGUCCGAAUUCGGUGGCGCCACGUCCGCCGGUCACCGCCUUCUGCACCGCGAUUCUAGCGGCCUCCGCCUCGAUACCUUCCUUUCGCGAAGCCGGCUGCGUCGUGAGGGCGUCGGGACGGGCACACGGGUGAUUGUGCGCAUCCUGGCGACCUGAGAGGCCAAGAUGUCGGACAUCGGGGACUGGUUUAGGAGUAUCCCGGCCAUCACGCGCUACUGGUUCGCUGCCAGCAUUGCAGUCCCCUUGGUCGGCAAACUCGGCCUCAUCAGCCCGGCUUACUUAUUCCUAUGGCCCGAAGCCUUCCUCUAUCGCUUCCAGAUAUGGAGGCCAAUCACUGCCACCUUUUAUUUCCCUGUGGGUCCAGGAACUGGAUUUCUUUAUUUGGUCAAUUUAUAUUUCUUAUAUCAGUAUUCUACACGACUUGAAGCAGGAGCUUUCGAUGGGAGGCCAGCAGACUAUUUAUUCAUGCUUCUCUUUAACUGGAUUUGCAUCGUGAUUACUGGCUUGGCAAUGGAUAUGCAGUUGCUGAUGAUUCCUCUGAUCAUGUCCGUACUUUAUGUCUGGGCUCAGCUGAACAGAGACAUGAUUGUGUCAUUUUGGUUUGGAACACGAUUCAAGGCCUGUUAUUUGCCUUGGGUUAUCCUUGGAUUCAACUAUAUCAUUGGAGGCUCGGUGAUCAAUGAGUUAAUCGGAAAUCUUGUGGGACAUCUUUAUUUCUUCCUAAUGUUCAGAUACCCCAUGGACUUGGGAGGAAGGAAUUUUCUCUCCACACCUCAGUUUUUGUACCGCUGGCUGCCCAGCAGGAGAGGAGGGGUGUCAGGGUUUGGUGUCCCUCCUGCUAGCAUGAGACGAGCUGCUGACCAGAAUGGCGGAGGUGGAAGACACAACUGGGGCCAGGGCUUUCGACUUGGAGACCAGUGAAUGAGCUGCCUCUGGUCGCCCACCAGCUGCUCCACUCAGCGCUGUCUUCUCCCAGGGCUGGGGUGCUUCACCGCUGAGUCCUAGCUAAUGCUGUGGACCUGACCCACACCGAAUGUAGUCUUUCAGUAUGAGACAAAAGUUUUAAAGUCUUGAAGGAAAAUACAAGUGUUCCUCAAGUUUCAUGAUUCUCGUUGAAGUCCUUACUGCUAUGAAGAGCAAAUAUCAACAGCGCAGAUUUCAAAACUGACUCUACUUGGUUUUCACUUCUUCCCUCUCCAUCUGAAAAAUGGGUAUUAGCAGGUCCUGGUCUGCUGGCACCGAGCUGGGCGCCGGGGUUGGGCUCAGACCCUGUCAAAAGGAUUCUUAUCUCUUCCUUGCACACAUACCUCCCUCCUCCUUUUCCCAGCUCCCAAAGUUGCAACUGGAGGGGUUGCUCACAGAAUGAUUCUGCCUUUGACAAACUUAUUUAUUGACUUUGCCAAGGGUUGUUCACAAAGAACUUGUUCACACAGUUGUUUUCCCCCUUCAGUGGCGGAACUGUGACAGGGGAGAAGACUGAGCAAUGGAUGAAGAGCUUUCUCAGCUUUUGGGAUUGUGUCAACCUGACAGCAGUUAAAACCAUGUGUCACCUCUUCAGAUAUUUUUAUAAAAAGGCAUCGAGUCCCUGAGGGGCCAGAUUGGUGUUAAUGAGGUUUGACGAUGGUUGCUAGGCUGUUGUCCCCAAGCUGAGUGAUCAGGACCGUAGUGGUGUUGCUUCUACCAUGGGACAGGUUUGAUGCCUUUGUUUCCUGUGUAGAGUGUCCUGGCUGGGUGAACUCAGAGUACUGGAGUUAUGUUGUGUUUGGGGUUCCAAAUCCCAUUGGCCACAGAGGGCUGCUCCCCGGGAGAGGCUCCUGGACUUGGAUUCUAUUUGAUUCUCAUUCUGUGUGUGUGUUCAUUGUGUAGGGGAGGGGAGAAUCUCAGACCCUAUGUAAAUUGUCCAUUUUCUCUGCCUCUACCCUUUUUUGGUCAGGUGUUUGAGGUAAUUGUGAGGGAAGUGCAGCUCUUUUGUAGGUAGAUCAUUUUUUUAAAGCAAAUAUAAGCACAUCGGAGUGAAUCACAUAAUUUUGGAUUGUAAGGGCUUUAGAAUCAUUUGUGUUUGAAAGUUUUUAUUUUGAGUCAUGGAUGUACAUGUGAUGUGAAUCAGACUAGCUUGAAUACCCAGAAUACGAUUUCCUAGGUGGGCUUUCCCCAUCAGAGUUUUGCUCAUCACGAAAUAAAGUUUUUCUGAUGGCUGCAGACUUUACGUUUUUAUUGUGAGAGCAGACUGCGGGAGCAGUGGUGAGGGGCUGCCACACUGAGUCAGCUCAGAUGGCUUUGAACGUUUUGCUGCAUUUCUGUUGAGGAAACACCCUGCCUGUGUGACUGCUCCUUCUCCCACUGUUACUAAAUCGUGUUGCGUCUUACCCUAGGAAGUGGGAGUUUUGAAUAAAGGUUGGGUGUACCUCUCCAUAUUUAAUUUAUGUGGUAAAAUCAUACUUGGGGAGAGUCUGAACCUAGACUGUGGCCAUAAUAAAAUUCACUUGUAAAAUUGUAGAAGCUGUUGUUCCUGUGGCUUAUGUUGCCUGUGUACACACUGUCCAGGAGUGGAAACUGGAAGAUUUCAUGGUAAGUGCGCUGGAGGCUCUCGUGGCCCUCUUACAACCUGCCCUGAGCUCUGCAGGUGUGUAUUCAGAAUUCUUCAGUAAAGUGUUCACUGAAUUCUCUUAAACAGUUAGGAAGCUGAUUAUUUAUUGAUCUUGUCUGAAUUGCCUAUGUUUGUGGGAUCAUCUUACCAAAACAAACUAUAUUUGAAUUUUGACUUGGCAAGGUAAGAUAUAAUAGUGGCUUCCUUCUCUUUAUGACUGAAAAACAAACCGUAUUUUGUAUGGACAGUGUCCCCUUUUGUAACUAAUCUUUUUUUAUUGGCAAACAUUGUAAAUUAAAAUGUCCAACUUGAAA